ACCCUUUGUGAAUUUUAGCGGCUAUUACGCAUUGAUAAACUGUAAACUAGUACGGUAGCAAGCUAAUCGCGUUGCUAACGUUGGUCGCAAAUGCAAUGCAAAAGCUUGUCUAUUCAGUGAAAAAGUAAGACGACAUUUUAGAGGAAGAAAUGAACAGUCGACUGCAAGAGAUUCGCGAGAGACAAAAACUCAGGCGGCAGCUUUUGGCUCAGCAGGCAAGUGGAUAGGGGUGCUGUUGUUAGCAUGGAGCUAACAAGCCUGAAAACUCGACUGCUGUCCUAAGUAGUGAUAUGUGUAACGAAAUGUAAAUGUCCAUUUAGAAAAAUGUGUUGAUUAUGUAGAAAUAUACGGAGUUAUUUGGCAUCCAGAUAUGUUCCCCAAUUGUAUCUUUAACACCACUCAGCUUGAGCAGAUGAACGACAUUACUGUAAAUAAGGAUAAGAUGAGACAACAUUAUGAACACCUGGGUAAUCUAUUUAAACAAAAUACAAGAUCUCUACCGCAAAAUCUAAUCUAAAGAAGGUUUUAAGUUUUUGGUGUUUCCUGACAUUAUCAGACAGGUAAUUAUUGUAAGGGAGAGUGGGGUAAGAUGAGCCAUUUUUCAUAUUUUGGAUCACUACAUCAAGGCGAUCAUAGUUUUGUCUCUAACUAGUGUAUCUGCAUAUAUUUUAGGAUGUUGUGCAUCCCUGCAAACCAACAGAAUGAGUGUAAACAGAGCUGUCUUGAUAAUAUAGCAUGCCAAAAAAGUGGUCUUCUAUGGUCUCCUAUUACCCCGUGUAUGGGGUAAGUUGAGCUGUAUUCUGUGUGACUGUGACUUGUAAAAAAAACUCUGUUUAAAAUAUAUUUGAGAUAGACUGACAGGUGUCGUGCUGAAAGGUUUGGUUGAUUAAAAAUUAAAACUUGAGGAUAAUUGACAAUGGAAUCCCAUUAGAUAUUAUAAAACAGAACUGUGAAUGUAAGUAGGUGUCUCUGUACUAUAUAUUCAUUUAAACCUUUUUUAAAUAAAGUACAGAUGACAUGUGCUCCCCUUCCCUUUGGUUAUUGUUGUUUGGUUGGCUGCCUUUAAGUUUUUUUUUUUUGUUUUUUUUUAUAUAGACCCAUUACUAUUUUGUAAUCUAAUGAGAUCUAUCUUUGUAUUUAUCAGAAAAUUCAAUAAAAAUAUGAUAGGAGCCCCUUUCAAUAUAACACACCCCAGUAGAAGUUGAAUUUAUGGUAGAGUUGUUGUAUGGGGUUGCAUAUAUAACCCAGGUGUUUAUAAUAGUAUUGUAGCUUGGUGUCAUGUUUUACUAAAAGCCUCUGACAGGACUGACACAGCGGAGAAUAACAGUGGCUACAAACAUUUACCUCACGAUGACUCAAAAAUGUAACAAUAUGAUAUUUGAACAUCUGUCACAUAACUCUUCUCUUUUAUCACAGCUGGGAGCUGAAAGUGCAGACAGUAUCGGAGCUGUGCUUAACAGUAAAGAUGAACUCAGAGAGAUAGAGGAGACGAGAGAAACAUGCAGGUGAGAACUUAUCAAAAUUCCCCUCAUCCAUGGUUAAAUGUCAGUGGAAACAUAGUGAUGCACUGACAGCAUGAAAUGCGGUGAAUUCUUCUCACACAUCUUUGCAUUGCACUGACUGAACACCAAAAGUAACACAGAAAGGUUUCAGAUGCCAAAUCCACAUUCCAGACCAUCUACUCUAAGCUGUUUAGUCCCUUUGUGUGUCCACACAAGAAGCAUGUUAUCAUCGUUUUUUACAUUCUCAACAGCUCUUCUCCUUUUCCCCUUAAAAAUUUUUAAAGGAUGCACACUAUUGGAGAAUGGUUGAUAUCUGAUAAUAUUUUCAGACAUGUUUUGGCCAACGAUUUGAUAAAGAUCUAUAGCUACACACCUUUUCUCCAUUGUAAAGAACGCAGUUUCUCUUGUACUAGAAUUUACCUGUUGACGCACAUCGGUAAUUGUAUGCUUGCUUUAGAAAUCGACACGAUACAAGACGAACAACAUCUGAUUCUGGCAUCAAAGAUACACGUAUUCUUUUUUAAUUAUAGAUAUUAAGUAAUGCGUCUGCUGUCUGUUUCUGACACUUCAAAGUACCUCCCUUCAGCACACAUGUUGAAGCUUGUUUUAAUGCUUAAACUGUAGUGCAUAAUUCAUGCAUCACCUCAUUGGCUGUAAAUGUUGGCAGAAAUUCUCUUACCAGUGAUUAACUUGCUAAGCUAUUAUCCGCAGAUAUUUAUGUUGAUAUCUAGCAUCCCUAAAUUUUUGUCUUAUAUUCAACAUGUAAUCAUCUCAACUCCAGUCGACCCUGUGCUUUGAUGAGAUUUGGUUCACAGAUGUGUGUGUUUUGCAGGGCUUCAUUGGACAGUCUAGCAGCUCCCUCCAAAAGAAAGGCACAAGCAGAAAAAGAUGACACAGAAGAAGAUGUGGAAGAACAAAAGGUAAAUGCAGAUGCAUGUUGAUGAGCUGUGUGAGUUUAGUGUGCCAUGAAAAUAAAGACAACACCAAGUUAUAGUGAAAUACAUUAAAGUGUAGACUCAAAAUGACAGUAGAGUUUAUGUAUUUAUACAAAAUGACAUAAAGACAAGGAAUACACAUUAAAAUAAAGAGAAGAUGAUUAAAAUCUGACAAAACUGUUGAAUUGGCAUGCUCUGAGGGUUGAGGGACUCAGACUUAGUCUGUCACAUGCAGGUUGUAGUAGGGUUCCAGGGCACUGGAAACACAAGGUGUGGUUUCCCCCAGGUCUUUGAAUGUAGACAGUAACAAAGCUAAGAGAGCCUCUGGCUCAUCAUUAUUUUAAAAGAUCAGAAGUAUGUUUAUGUGUAGCUAUGCUGUGUUUGUCAGAGUAGUAGACAUGGGUCUAUGACAUAAAUUUGGCUGCCACUCAAAAAUGUCACUGUCAUUUCCUCUGCAAAAAGAAACCAACAAGUUUCAGUUAAGUCAUGAUAAAGUCCAGUUGCAGUUAAUUACCAUCUCACAGGCUCUUUAAGAGUUUAAACCUCAUAGGGCUCAUUUUGUGUGUGUUUUUCAGGAUGUGGUGGAGCAGCAGCAGCCAGAUGAAAGCAACCCAUACGAGGAAGUUUACAAGGACUCCAGUACUUUUCUUAAGGUUGGAAAACACCCUCUUUUCUUUGGCCCAGGCAUUUAUUCUUUCAUAAAUCAUUAAUUAUCCCUCAUUAUGAUUCUAUAGCCAGUUGUGAUUUUUGUGGAUGUAAAGUCUUAAAUGUAUUUCAAAGGAGUGGUGUCAGAUUUCACUGCCUGAUAACUCAGCACUUUCAAAGUCUUGUCUAAACAAAAACUAAACUGAGUGGUAAUCUAUAUUUAUGCACUUUUCGUGUUUAAAACCAUGAACAAUUGUUAGAGAAAGAGAGGGGAGCUGGGCAGACUUUAUGUGUUUUAACAAACAAUCCUUUACAUGUUGAUAUCUCCUCACAGUACCAUAAAGCUUAGAGAUUAGAUAUAUCAGAGUAUUUCAGUGAAACAAUGUAUCACACCUGUAAACAGUGCGGCAUCUGCUUUAAACAUUUCCUGCACUGGAACUGAAUUUUCCAUGGUUUGAUGGAACUGAUAAUAAAUCUUCAAGUAUGAAAACAGGCAUAUAUAAAUACUUAACUGGGUUAUUUGCAGACAUGCACAACUGAUCAGCAGCUAUCUGUAUUUCAGCUACGCAUCACUGAGAUAAGUCAAUCAAGUCUUGUUUUUGCUCUGCCAACUGGAAGCAGGAAGAACAAGAUUUAUACAACAGGUGUCCUUCAUCCAAGAAACAUGAUAGUGUGCCUGAGACAAAGUCAUAGGUUUCUCUUGUAAUUGCGGGCUAUUUUGGGUUUUAUAGUCCGUAAAAAAUACAGGCUGAAACCAAUUUUAUGAUUUAACAAGUGUGAACUUUUCAUGCACUACCGUUGCUAAUCGAUGACUAACAGGUUCUGAUGACACAGACAUAAGAUGAAAUAACAAUGUUCGUAAUUUUCUUUUGGUUUAGAGAGCAUGUGUAAUGUAUUUGCUCUGGAUGGGGAAAACAGAGAUCACUGAAAUAAACCUUGAUGGGUACCUAUUGUUGCUGUGAUGUUUAUUUUAUAAUAUUUUUCACCCACAGGGUACUCAGAGUUUGAACCCUCACAAUGACUACUGUCAGCAUUUCGUGGACACAGGGCACAGGCCACAAAACUUCAUCAGAGAUGUUGGUGAGUCUUUGUUUGUCUGUGGGUGAUUUUACAUACAUGUAGCUGCAAAUGUCUGUUUCUUACUUUUCCUCCGUGGUUCAGGCUUGGCUGACAGAUUUGAAGAAUACCCCAAACUUCGAGAGCUCAUCAGACUGAAGGAUGAGCUCAUCUCCACCACAAACACCCCACCCAUGUAUGUUAAAAAAAUGAUGUGACCGUUUUACUGCCAAUAUGAUUUUACUCAGAGGAGAAGACUUAAACCAGUGAAAUAGAUACAAUUUCAAGUUUGCAUCAACUUUCUUUGUAAGGUUCGGCUCUUUCUAAUGUUUGUGUCUGUAUGUGCAGGUACCUCCAGGCCGACCCAGAACACUUUGACCUGCGGGAUCUAAAGUGCAAGUUCGAUGUAAUUCUGCUAGAGCCUCCUUUAGAGGAAUACUACAGAGAAUCAGGCAUCAGUCACACCGAACGCUUCUGGACCUGGGAUGAUGUAUGUGUUCAUAUUUUACUGAUUCAGCUUCUUUUCCUUUUUUUUUGUCUUUUAAAACAACACAGGGUACUUGUGCUGUCAUAAGUUUGAUAAACACUCAGUUAAGAAACGCAUACAGUCACACUCUCAUAAGCUCAUAGCCUAUCACAUGGCUCUUUAUGUCCCCUGCAACCCAAGAUGGAGGGGACAGAUGGGUAGUAAGAGCCACUGGGGUUAUCAAAUGGGAACCUCCUCUCACCAAUGUUUCCUUAAGUUAGACCCACAACACUUUGAAGGGUCUGCUUACCUGGGCGUUAUUGCCAAUGAAACUUUUUGUUAUUGGAAGUAGGUGUUGGACAAAAUGUCAAAGCAGCACCAUCUCAUCGCCCUGACUCGUGCAACAUUCUAUUUCUGAGGUCAGAUAUUGUUGGUUUCUUUCAAGAAUAAUACAACUCACCUUCUAUUUGUCUCACUUUGUCUCUACUUCAAGACUUUUUGAAGUGAAGUUAAAAUUUCUCAGGAUCUAAACCUUUUCGGUACAUUAAUUACACGGCUGUCUUGCAAUUUACCAAUCUACUCAUUCUGGGAGAGUUGGAGUAUCAUGACAGUAUUGCCAUCUUGGGCAGUGUAUAGGGUAUUGUGUUUUCUGUUAUCUGGCAAUUACCUCCCUUAAUUUAAAGUGUCUCUGGUACAAAGCACAAUGUUGGUGCUUCAGUUCCCAAGCAUCACCAUGUUAAAGAUGGUGGAAAGAGUGUGGGAGUGCAAUACAAAGGUGUGCGCUCCCCUUCUUGCAAUAUGUAUGGAGACAUAAUAAAUCAGACCAUAUGAAGCUGUAUUCUCAAGACAGUUCAAGGACUUUCUCGAGGGUAAGGAAAGCACUGAAGGGAUUCACUUUGCAUGAAUCUUUCUGAUUUCUUAUGUUCAUUAUUUGUUUUCUCUGGUGUCUCUUUUUUUCUUCUUCUGUCGUAGAUCAUGAAACUGGAAAUCGAGGAGAUUUCCGCCUUACGAUCCUUCGUCUUUCUCUGGUGUGGCUCUGGCGAAGGCCUGGAUUUAGGCAGAAUGGUAACUGAAUCUGUCAUUCAAGUCAAAAGCACUCAGAAAAUUACAAGAAGACAGUUUGUACAAAAGGUACACUACAGGCUAAAAGUUUGGAAGCAAGGCCAUUACAGGCCGAACAGUUACCUAGACAAAAAAGAAGAGGAAGGUGUUCUUCAAAAGAUGGUUUGGCCCCCUCAGUCGCCAGACCUUUCUUUAAUUGAGCUUGUGCGGGAUGAAUAGGAUAGAUCGGUCAGAAAAACGCCUCCCACGAAUCAGCAGUCUGUUUUUAAUGAACUUAAGAAAGCUUGGAAUGCAAUCCCUGGAACAUACCUUAAAAAACUUGUGGAAUGAAUGCCUGGUAUAUGCCGAGCUGUUGUUAAAGCCAGAGGAGGUUACUUUAAAGAAAGCAAAGUCUAAGCAAUCAAAAUGUCUUCUGAUAAGUUACUCUACACAAUAGUCAUGUUUAUUGUGUUGCAAAUUAUAUAUAUGAAACUAUGAUCUUUUUUUGUACAAAUCUGAUCUUGCUUCCAAACUUUUGGCCUGUAGUGUAUGUCUCAUCUGAAGCGGUUUCCCAGUACAAGGCUUGAGUUUUAUUUUUGCAGAAUUUAAGUCAACAAUGUCUUUUUGGGUCACCUAAGAACUUGUUGGUUUAGCCUGCAUCUGACUGCAGUUAGGCAACUGUUUGUACAAUUUUAGAACAAUAGCUACGAAUGCCUUUGAAGUAUGUCUGUUCAUACCUUGCUAUUCAAAACUACCCCCCCUCCCAGCAGAGAAACCAUGCUUCAUGUCCAGAAAGCUCUUACAAAAACAGUGUUAUUAUCUUUGGAAGCUGGUUGUCUGCUGUUGGUGUGACGUCUGACCGCUUUGAGCUUGUCAGUACAAAUGUGUCACAGCUUUCUGAAAAUAGAUUUCUUUGUACCUUUUUCCAGAGUUGUUAUUUUUUACUACACGGUGCUUGUUUUUUUUUGUUAAUAGUAAUACAAACAGGUUUUUUGCUGCUUUCUAUCAAACAAAACAAGUUUUUCAGUCUAUGACAAAAACAUUUUUCAUCAAACUUUUCAAUUAGAAGAAAUAUCAAUGGAAUUUUGAUGCAAUACAAAAAGUCCAUCAUAUUGUCUUAGUUUUUCAUGUGCUACUAUUUAAAGUACCAAAAAGCUCAAAGUUUAGAAACGUCAAGAAGUUGUGGACAAUAGAAAGAUAAUACAGGAAUGCUUUAUUUGAAAAUGAGAAAAGGAACAAGAAAUAAUUCAAAACAACUCAAAACCCAAACAUGAUGUAAGUGGCAUUCCCUGAAAAACUUGCUAAUCCUGGUAUUUGUGGAGAGAAAGGGAGAAUAUUCUCAGCAGAGUAUGUUGGUGCUCCUUUAAAGAGAUGAGAUUUUGAUGCAAAUAGCCAUCUGAUUUCUGCCAACAGUAAAUAAGAAGAAGCCCUACUGUGCAUGUGCUUACAAAAUACUUUGUGCAUGUAUUGAUCAGAUUUUAAAUAUUUGCAACAUAAAUAAAGAACUGUUCAGGUCCUGCAGAACAUCACACUACCUACUCUUGUUACACCCAUUUUAGUGUUUAAGGAAGUGGGGUUUUAGGCGAUGCGAGGAUAUCUGCUGGAUCAAGACCAACAAAAACAACCCCGGAAAGACCAAAGCCCUGGACCCAAAGGCAGUAUUCCAGAGGACCAAGGUAUAUUACACAAACACUGGCCUAAGAGAACUCUCAAAUGUUUGUACAUUUACUUAAUAAUACCUGUUAAUAAUGUUGUAGUAGUUUUGUAGUACAUAUCUGUACAGGUGAUGCUGAUACACAAAUUAAAGUUUAUAAAGUUCACCAUUUUAAAUUCCUCAGGAACACUGUCUAAUGGGAAUCAAAGGAACAGUACGCAGAAGCACUGAUGGUGACUUCAUCCAUGCCAAUGUGGACAUUGACUUGAUUAUCACAGAGGAGCCAGAGAUGGGAAACGUGGAGAAGCCAGUUGAGAUCUUUCAUAUUAUUGAACAUUUUUGUUUGGGACGUAGGAGGCUACACCUUUUUGGACGAGACUCAACCAUCAGACCAGGUGAGUUGGACUUUGUUUAACUUGUACGAUUUGGGAGGGCGGGUUCAUCUUGCAUGUGUCGUCUUAAGUAAUUUAAGUCCUGUCUUUCUUUCCUAUUUAGGGUGGCUGACAGUUGGUCCAACUUUGACAAACAGUAACUUUAAUCCAGAGACCUAUGCUUCUCACUUUGCCGUGCCUAACUCCCACCUGUCUGGCUGCACUGAGGAAAUAGAAAGACUGCGGCCUAAGUCUCCCCCUGCUAAGCUUAAGUCAGACCGUGGAGGUGGAGCACCAAGAGGGGGACGUGGUGGACCAAAUGCAGGGAGAGGAGGUGACCGAGGCCGUGAAAGGAACCGACCAAAUUUCCGUGGGGACAGAGGGGGCUUCAGGGGUAGGGGAGGGCCUCAUAGAGGCUUUCCUCCUCGCUAGAACAAGUAGUUUAUGCCAACCACAUACACGCUGGGGAUUCUCAUCUGCAUUAUCUGGAAACACAAGUUUGUUAGUCAGUUGGUAUGAAGGCUCAGGAAAUCCAUUAUCAAUCAAGAAACCCUUUACCAUCACAGGAUACCUGAUUUUAGUGCCACUUUUUGUAUACAUUACCCAACCCUAGUAUGGUUAGAGUAAGAGUUCGCAAAAUUGUGAUUUUUUCAAAUGUUUUUUCAUGGACUCACUGAAGAAUAAGUGUGUACUAUCUAAAUAAACAUUUUUUUCAUCUAUCA